CUCUAGGACAGUGAUCCAGCCAGGCACUUCCCAUCCUGAUAUUCAGCUGUUGCACCCAAUUAACUUGGAAUUUUGUGUAAACCGGAAUCUAGCUGCAAAUUGGUACCAUAAAGUGCCUAUUGUUGAAAUUAGAGGAUGUCUUGAUUCAAUGAAUGUUAGUCUAAAUCAAGAAGAUCUUAAUCUUUUAUUUAGAAUAUUAGCAGAAAAUCUUGGUGAGACCACUGAAGACUUGGACAAGGGGAAACCUAGAAUACAAGGGGCAGGUGAAACUAAAGAGUGCCAUGAAGUCUCUACACCACAUGAUGUUCAUGCUGCACAAGGUACAAUACCAGCUGGAGUGGGAGAGACCAGACCUGUAGACAUUAUUAACGUACUGCUAAAUUUUGAAGUAAAAGAGGUGUGUUCAUUUUCGUGUUUUUAUAAA